AUGAACGUUGGGUUUUUAGGGCUGGGCAUGAUGGGCACGCCCAUGGCCUUGAAUCUCUGCCGCAAGUUCUCCGUCAUGGUCUGGAACCGGAGCGACUCCAAAUACCGCGUUCUGAUCGAGGCUGGGGCCACAGUCGGCAAGACACCUUCGCACGUGGUGGAGCAAUCCGACGUCAUCUUCACCAUGCUCUUUGAUGGUCCAGCUAUACAGUCCAUGAUCGACGCCGACAGCAACUUCAUCAAGGCGAUCCGUGGCAAGACACUCGUAAACACCAGCUCAGUCUCGGUCGAGUUCAGCCACAAGCUCGCCCGACAGGUCCACGAAGCAGGCGGCAACUUCAUCGAGAUGCCCGUAAGCGGAAGCAAGAUCCCCGCUGAGCAGGGACAGCUGGUGGGCAUGAUGGCAGGCGACGCGACCAUCGCCGAUCAGGUCAGGCCGCUUGUCGAGCCCCUUACCAGCGCCGCCGUGUACUGCGGUCCCGUUGGAUCGGGCCUGAAGGCCAAGUACGCCGUCAACCUUUUCCUGGUCGCCGUUACUGCGGGGCUCGCCGAGUCCAUGAACCUCGCGCGAGCUCAAGGUCUUGACUUGGAAGCUUUUGGCAAGGUGUUGGAUAAUUGCCCUCUCGCUUCCCCGUACUCUAGAAUAAAGAUCGCCAAGAUGCUAAAGGACGACUGGUCCCCUCAGGCGGCUAUCAAGGACUGCUAUAACAGCACACAGCUCAUAAAGUCUGCAGCCGAGGAGGUACGGGUUCGGACUCCGCUUAUCCAAAUCUGCGAUUCCUUGUAUAGGGAUGCCAACUAUGCCGGUUGGGGUGAGGAAGACAUGAUGGCCAUUUACAAGCUAUUUGCCCACUCUGUAAGCCGGGAUCCUAGCUAG